AUGACGACCUCAGCCAAUCGAACGAGGGCCAUCUCCCUCUACCGCGGAGUGCUGCAAGCAGCUCGUCAAACCUUUAUGGGUGAUCAAGCGACAAAUCAAGCAUGGAGAUCGCACAUGAGAACACACUUUCGAUCCGCAAAGGAAGAACAGGAUGCGGAAAAGCUGGAAAUGUUUUUCAAAGAGGCGGAAGAUAUCGUCAGAGUUCUGAAGAGCAAUGUGGUGCAGGGCGCUUGGAGGGAUGAAAGCCAGGCUUACCGUGAGCGUCUUGCAGAUGCGUGUGAUCCGUGAGGCUGGGGGAUGCGAGCAUGUAUGCUGAUGCCGCGACCCUGUCUCUUCCCAAUCAGGGCUGCGCAUGACUUCGGACACCGAGUUGGGAUCUUACGAAGCGACCAAAGCGGGAAGAGAAGCUCAACUGGAGGCGCUGCGAGCGGCCAAGGGUACCAUGGACACAGCCCAGAAGUGCUCAAGCUCAGCAUCGUCCAGCAACUCCUCUCGCACUUCUCGUCGACCCUUUUCCACCUCUUGCUCCUCCCCUUUGCGUGCCCCACUAACCUCCACCGCAACAUCAUCCUUCCCUCGAGCAUUUUCGACAUCUUCGAGAGCUCUCGAACUGCCUUACAAAAAGGGAUCCACUCCACCUCUUCCUCGACCCGUGCCCAAAUUCCCAUCUACCAUCAUCCUCUCUGACGGAUCCUCUAUCCGUCUGACCACCACCUCUCCACGUUCUCUGCAACGUCUAACUCGGGAUCCGACCAAUCAUCCAUUGUGGAAUCCCAGCAUGGAAAGAAGGGGAGGUGCGGGCGACGAAGACGAGAGCGGUCGUCUGAGCAGGUUCAGAAAGAGGUUUCAAAAUUUGGAUCAGGCGACGCCUCAGGCAAGCGCUGGCGCUGGUGCUGGUGCUGGUGCCGAAGCUGGAGCUACGGCGCCGGCGCCGGCUCGCAAAAGUCAACAGUGGGACCAGAGCGAUCUGGAAUGGAUGAGCGGCGGCAGAGAGGCCAGAGCGGGAUCUGCAGUCGUGGAGAAAAGGACAAAGGGCAAAAAGUGA